AUGCCUAAAAUAUAUUCAGGUGUUGCCAAAAUUAUUUUUUCACAACAUCAUAUAUUGGAUUUCAUUCUACUGGGUUUCAUUCAGUCCAAAAACGAUUAUUCAUUGUUUAUCAAGACUCUGAAUGGUUCACAGACUCUAGUAGCAGUAUAUGUAGAUGACAUUUUGCUAACUGGUCUAAAUUUCUCAGAAAUUCUUGCUUUGAAGACACACUUACACAAUAAGUUCAGCAUUAAGGAUUUGGGUGAGCUCAAUUACUUUCUGGGAAUAGAAAUUUCCAAAACACACAAUGGGGUUGUUCUUACUCAAUCCAAGUUCACUAGAGAACUCCUAGCAGAUUGUGCAAUGGAUGUGUCUAAACCAGCUAAGACCCCUUUACCAGCUAAACUUAAACUUACAUCUUUGGAGGAUGAACCCUUUACUGAUCCUAACCAGUUCAGAUGUUUAGUUGGAAAAUUAAAUUUUCUCACUCACACUAGACCUGACUUAUCAUUUGCUGUCCAAACAUUGAGUCAGUCCAUGCAGUCUCCCAAGUUGUCUCAUCAAAAGGCAUUGCAUCACCUGCUCAGAUAUGUUGCACAUACAGCUGGUCAAGGCAUCUCUAUUCAACCUUCUUCUAGUCUCACUUUACAGGCUUACUGUGAUUCUGAUUGGGCAGCUUGCCCUGAUACAAGAAGGUCAGUAACUGGUUAUGUGAUGCUUUUGGGAAAUAGCCCCAUUUCUUGGAAAUCAAAGAAGCAGACUACUAUUUCCAGAUCCUCAUCUGAAGCUGAGUACAGAGCUAUGGGAGCUGCUGCUUCUGAGAUAACUUAG